AUGCCAAGAAAUCUCAAAGUCUCUGACGAAGAGACCAAACAACCCCCACGAAAGAAGGAACACUGGCAGAUACAGAAGGAGGCUUUAAAGGAGAAGUUUCCGGAAGGAUGGAUGCCGCGCAAGCGCUUGUCACCCGAUGCCGUCGAAGGUAUUCGAGCUCUGCACACCCAAUUCCCCGAACAGUAUACCACACAAUCCCUGGCGGCCCAGUUUGAGGUCUCUCCGGAAGCCAUUCGUCGUAUUCUGAGAACCAAAUGGACACCACGUACAGAGGAGGAAAUGGAGCGCCAAGCACGGUGGUUCAGUCGCGGCAAGAAUAUCUGGGCGCAGAUGGCAGCGCUUGGGAAGAAGCCCCCGAGGAAGUGGCGCGAGGAGGGUGUCGUCCGCGAGCCACACUUUAACAAGAAGAGGGGCCCGCGGACAGAGUGGCCUUAUGUACCGCGGUGGCAUGAACAAAGCUCCCAGCGCAAGCUGGGAGAGAAACUCCUGUGA